UAUAAAGGCUCGAAGCAAGCACGUGCGGUUUGUUUUUUGUGCUAAAACCUUUAAUUUUAGUGCAAACACACAUAGCGCAAUGGAGCCGGGUAUAUGUUAUAUUAAGCCGGAGUAUUUACUAGCUGAGGCCAAAGGUGGCGGGAUAAAGCCCGCCGAAGAAGGCGAAUCACACAAAAGAAAACACACGGAUGAUGCCGAAAAACAAAAUGAGCAAAGCAACAAGCGCGACGGCAAAAAGGAGCGAAAACGUGGCCAGAAUAAGCAUCGGCCCAUUUUCAAAGACGAGCGCUUCUCGCAUCUUUGUCACUCGCUCAUCGAUGGCCCCGGCGGCGCAGCCUGUUCCCUGCCCAAUUGCCGUUACGUGCACGAUCUGGAUGCGUUUAUAGCGGGGAAGGGGGAGGAACUCGGAAGCGAGUGCUAUGUGUAUGCGACCAAAGGCUAUUGUGCUCGCGGUGUCACCUGUCGCUUUGCCAAGGCGCACACAGAUGCACAGGGCAGAAACAUGAAGGCAGCACACUACGACGUGCAAGCCCCACAAACCACCUUGAAUGGCAUCAGUUCAGAGGUGCAGGUGCGUUUGCGCAAGCACGAAUAUGAUUUUAGCCGCUGCAAGGAGCUGAUUAAGCAGGCUGAAAAGCUGCGCGAUGCUAGAAAAGAGCAGCAGCAGGAACAGCCUAUGGAUGAGACGCCCAAAGCAGUGCCAGCGAAACCCACGGGCAGCGUCAUCGAUGAGAGCCCAGCGGGACGCGAUGUUGAACGCAAGCCCAUCAUUGAUUUCCGUGAAAAGCUUGUCCUGUCGCCGCUGACAACUGUGGGUAAUUUGCCAUUUCGCCGCAUCUGCAAGGAGUUUGGAGCGGACAUCACCUGUGGCGAAAUGGCAUGCGCAGUGCCGCUGCUCAAGGGUCUGGGCCAGGAGUGGGCGCUGACCAAGCGGCACGAGACCGAGGACAUCUUCGGCGUGCAGGUGUGCGGCAACAAUCCGAAUGUGAUCGCACAAGCAGCACAGGUGCUGCACGAAACGUCGCGCGUGGACUACAUCGACCUGAACAUUGGAUGUCCCAUUGAUCUCAUCUAUCAGCAGGGUGGCGGCAGUGCCCUGAUGCGACGCACCAACAUCCUCGAGCUCGUCGUGCGCAGCUGUUCGUCUUUGUCACCGCAGCUGCCAUUUACGGUCAAGAUGCGCACCGGGAUUUAUGCUGAUAAGAGUGUGGCACACGAGCUGAUGCCGCUGGUGGAGGAGUGGGGUGCUGCGGCGGUGACGCUGCACGGACGUUCGCGCGAACAGCGCUACAUGAAACAGGCUAACUGGACGUACAUCGAGCAGUGUGCGGCGCAGGCGAAACAGAUGCCCGUCAUUGGCAACGGUGACAUACUCAGCUAUGAGGAUUAUGUGGAGAAACGUGCAAUGGCUCCGCAUGUCAGCUCUGUGAUGAUUGGACGCGGUGCGCUCAUCAAGCCCUGGAUAUUUCAGGAGAUUAAGCAGCAGCGCGCCUGGGCGCCCACAUCGACGCAACGCUUUGAGCUGAUGCGUCGCUACUGUAACUACGGACUGGAGCACUGGGGCUCCGAUACCAAGGGUGUGGAGAAUACUCGACGUUUCCUGCUCGAGUGGCAGUCGUUCCUCUAUCGCUACAUACCCGAGGAGCUGCAGCUGUCGCCGCCGCAAAAAAUCAACGAGAGACCGCAAAAAUAUCGGGGACGCGAUGAAAUGGAAACGCUGAUGAGUUCAGGAAAUGCCUCCGACUGGGUGAAACUCAGUGAAAUGCUGCUCGGGAAAGUACCUGAAGGAUUCAGUUUUGUGCCCAAGCACAAGGCAAAUGCGUUUUAGACAACGCUAAAAACGUACAAGCUUAAGUUAAAGUUUGACUCUGUUAAGCCUAACCAAUUUUAGCUAAUAAGACUAACGAGAGUUGUUUCUACUAAUCUUUUAAAUACUAUUAUCGUCUUGCAUCGUUAUGUAAUAAACGUGAUUAAUAUCCCAUGUAAAA